AUGACAUCCCGCGCUCUGCUGCUCGUUGGCGUCGUCCUGACGGCGCACAAGUUCUUGUGCACGGCGUACGUCGGCGGCGAUGGGUUCAGCGUGGAGUUCAUCCACCGUGACUCCGUCAAGUCGCCGUACCGUGACCCGUCGCUCACCGCGCCCGCCCGCGUGCUCGAGGCCGCGCGCCGGUCCACAUCGCGCGCCGCUGCGCUCUCGCGCGCCUACGCCCGCGCCGACGCAUCAUCAGCCGACGGCGCUGUGUCUGAGCUCACCUCCAGGCCAUUCGAGUACAUGAUGGCCGUGAACGUGGGCACGCCGCCCACCCGCAUGCUCGCCAUCGCCGACACCGGCAGCGACCUCAUCUGGCUCAACUGCAGCAACGGAGCCGGCGCUCCUGCCUCCUGCGCCGACUCCAAGUGCAGGUAUCUCUACUCCUACGGCGACGGCUCCCAGUCCACGAGCGGCCUCCUCUCCACAGAGACCUUCACCUUCGCCGACGACCAAGGCACCCGCGGCGAUCGGGCGAUGCGCGUGGCCAACGUCAGCUUCGGCUGCUCCACGACCAUGAUCGGCUCGUUCAUCGGGGACGGCCUCGUCGGACUCGGCGGCGGCGACCUCUCCCUCGUCAAUCAGUUAGGCGCAGACACAUCGCUCGGCCGGAGGUUCUCCUACUGCCUCGUGCCCUACUCCAUCAACGCCUCCUCCGUGCUCAACUUCGGUCCCCGCGCCGCCGUGACGGAGCCCGGCGCGGCGACGACGCCGCUGAUCCCAUCCGAAGUGAAGACCUACUACACCGUCGACCUCCGGUCCGUCAAGAUCGGGAACAAGACCUUCGCGGCGCCGCAGGAGUACCCCGUCAUCGUGGACUCCGGCUCGACGCUGACGUACCUCGCGAACGAGCUUGUGGACCCAUUGGUGAAAGAGCUAACCCAGAGGGUCAAGCUCCCGCCGGCGAAGUCGCCGGAAGAGCUCCUGCCACUGUGCUUCGACGUGAGCGGGGUAGGAGAGGGGCAGGUUGCCGCGAUGAUCCCUGACGUGGCGCUGGAACUGGGCUCCGGCGGCGGUGCGACGGUCACGCUCAAGUCGGAGAACACGUUCGUCGUUGUGCACGAGGGGACCCUGUGCUUGGCGGUGGUGGCCCUGCAGUUUCCUCCUGUGUCCAUCAUCGGGAAUAUUGCGCAGCAGAACAUGCACGUUGGGUACGACCUCGACAAGGGCACCGUGACCUUCGCCCCAGCAGACUGCGCCAGGUCCUCCGGCUCUCUGUAUAUCUGA